AUGACUUUUCAAUUUGAUACUGAUGUUGGUAAAAAUGACGCAAUUUCCUGUAGCUUUUCUGGUUACUCUGCCGGGGAGAGUUCUAUAUCGAACGUUGGAACAUUCAAAGAUGAUUUUGCUGAUGAUAAAGGAAACUGCAUUCCUAUUAUCAGUGGAGCCAUUACAAUGUCGAUGACAGAAAGAAAACUUUGGCACGAGUUCUUGAAAGUAGGGACGGAAAUGAUUAUCUCAAAGUCUGGAAGGAGAAUGUAUCCAUACGUUGAAUUUUUCUUAAGCGGCCUUGAUCCUUCUGGACUAUAUGAUGUCAUUUUCGACAUCAUACCCGAUACCGAAAAACGUUUCAAGUUCAUCGACAAUAAAUGGGUUCCAUUUGGGAAAAAAAGGAAAGAAUUUAAGAAUAAAGCCUUCAAGGAUCAAGACGCUCCGAAAACUGGGUCAGAGCUGAUGUCUCGAAAGAUUUCAUUUGAGACAGUAACAUUAUCAAACAAACCAGGCAAAAAAGCUUGCACAUUUUCACUACGAACAUUGCAGAAAUACAUGGUGUGUAUUUCCUUAGUGAAACAUGAAAGCGAUGGCAAUAUCACUGUUUUUAAUUUUCCUAUUCAGGACACAGCUUUUAUAGCAGUCACUAAGUACCACAACAGAGAAAUGUGUGAGCUUAAGGCUCUCCGAUAUCCAUUAUAUAUUUCACUGAACAGAAUCCCAUCAGAUUCGUCCUUCAACAAACGCCAUCAAAUACAAAAUCACGCCGCUGACGUCGACGAUGGUCCUGUCAAUAAAGCCACUCAAACAGACCCUGAUCCACAAGUAGACUUUCUGUCCAGCUUUUUUGCAUAUGUUCAGGAAAGGACGGGAACUUCUGCAGGCGAUUUAAAUCCAGAGAUAAAAGAUGAAUUGUUCUGCGACUUCAUCCAACAGCAAUAUUAUUCAGAGUCUUUUACAGAUACAGAAAAACAAAAAGAAAGAGCUUGCAAAAUGAAUGAGUUCUGA